UACUAGUGCGGCCUGCGGGGAGGAGCCACCGCUGCCGCCUCUGGUCUGGUUUGUGAGGAAGGCCCUAGGCCCGGGCCUGCCGUGGUGGGACUCGCCGGACGCCGGGGCUCGCGACUGCUCUACGUCCUCUCCACGCCACCUUCUGCCAUUUCGCGGCCCCAGAGGGCUGGGCGCGGGGAAGACCUGCCGGCGCCAUGGAGGACGAGGUAGUCCGCAUCGCCAAGAAGAUGGACAAGAUGGUGCAGAAGAAGAACGCGGCUGGAGCAUUGGAUUUGUUGAAGGAGCUUAAGAAUAUUCCUAUGACCCUGGAAUUGUUACAGUCCACAAGAAUUGGAAUGUCAGUUAACGCUAUUCGCAAGCAAAGUACAGAUGAAGAAGUUACAUCUUUAGCAAAGUCUCUCAUCAAAUCCUGGAAAAAGCUAUUAGAUGGACCAUCAACAGAAAAAGACCCCGAAGAAAAGAAAAAAGAACCUGCAAUUACAUCACAGAAUAGCCCUGAGGCAAGAGAGGAAAGCUCCAGUGGCAACGUGAGCAACAGAAAGGAUGAGACAAAUGCUCGAGAUACUUACGUUUCAUCUUUUCCUCGGGCACCAAGCACUUCUGAUUCUGUGCGGUUAAAGUGUAGGGAGAUGCUGGCUGCUGCUCUCCGAACAGGAGAUGACUACGUUGCCAUUGGAGCUGAUGAGGAAGAAUUGGGAUCUCAAAUUGAGGAAGCUAUAUACCAAGAAAUAAGGAAUACAGACAUGAAAUACAAAAAUAGAGUACGAAGUAGAAUAUCAAAUCUUAAAGAUGCAAAAAAUCCAAAUUUAAGGAAAAAUGUAUUGUGUGGGAAUAUUCCUCCUGAUUUAUUUGCUAGAAUGACGGCAGAGGAAAUGGCUAGUGAUGAGCUCAAAGAAAUGCGGAAAAACUUGACCAAAGAAGCCAUCAGAGAACAUCAGAUGGCCAAGACAGGUGGAACGCAGACUGACUUGUUCACAUGUGGCAAAUGUAAAAAGAAGAAUUGCACCUACACUCAGGUGCAAACCCGUAGUGCUGAUGAACCGAUGACCACAUUUGUUGUUUGCAAUGAAUGUGGAAAUCGAUGGAAGUUCUGUUGAGUUGGAAGAAUUGGCAAAAUAUCUGGACCAUUAAGAAAAAGAAUUUUGUAAUUAGCUUUCAAGCUAGGCCAAGCAACUAGUUUUCCUGCAAAACAAAUUUUUAAAACAACGUACAUCCCUUGGAUUAAUCUGUUUUCAACUGAACAUCCCUUCCUUUAAAUGCCUUUUGUAGUCAGAUCAGUAGGGCCACCAUAUAUUAAUUGUAUGGCAUCUGUUUUAUAAGUAAGUUGACAUUAAACUUUCAUCAGUUAAACUUUCAGUAAUUUAAGGUUUUUUUCUCCUUAAAAAAAGUUCUUUAACUUUUACAUUCUGAAACAUACACAGUAGACAUUUUCUGUCAAUCUGUUAACCCAUAAAUGAAAAUUACAUUGUUUUCUAUAUUGGCAUGUACUUACACCAGAUAUUACAGGAAUAUAAAAGGUAAUAUAAUUUUAAGUUUACCAAAUAUGAUGUGUAUUCAAAUGAUACUUGACCAGCUUAUCUAAAUUGUAUAUAAUAUUUGAACUAGCACAUGAAUUUGAUUUUAAUUAUUCACAAGCCUGGGAUAAUUAGAUAUUAUUUUGCAUCUGUAACUAACCAUGAUCAUCAUUUCUUGUAAUUUCUUGUACAUGUAUAUUACUUGUUCUUAAUAGAUUUUACUUUUGGAAAUAUGACUUGACUUUGUUGAAAUCAGUUUGGUUUUGUUGUUUAUUUACCUGUUUAACUUUGUAGUGUAUUUUAGUUUUGCAGAAACCACCUUUGUAAUUCAGUAGGAUUUUCAUAAAUGCCCUCACAGGCGAGGAAUAAAAGCUUCAGAUGAUAUUCCCCCUUCAUGGGAAGACAUGCUGAGAAUAAAAUAUUAGUAUCUUAGUAUAGUAUUGUAAACAGCUCAUGACUCAAUUUUGAUUUGGACAUUUAUACUGACCAACGAUUAAACGUAAGGAUUGUACAAAAUGAUUAAAGCUGUGGUCUUUAACUAUAAAAGUUGCUAGAAAAUA